CUAAGAUCAAGCUCUGGAUUGGCUCGACUUAGUCUGCAAGUUGGCACCCACAGCUCAUCAUACCAAUCUCGGUUCAAAUUUAAUCCCUCUUCGGCACGUCAAGCCAUCCUUGCUGUCAUGGUCUUCGCUUCUCGUGCAGCCCCGGGCAUAUACGGAUUCCGAGCAAAUGCCGGCCAAUGCUCGGCUUUGGACAUGAGUAGCUCGCCUUGCAGUGUGCAUACCACUAAUCUGAUCGUUCAAAGGUAACCUGUGACCUUGUUUCAAUCCGCUAGACGCAAAGUUUUAUCAUAUCCAUCUUAUCAAUCUCGACUGCAAUCUUGCCCUCGAACUAAGUGACAAUACACUGAGGAAGGGCUGUUUUGUCGUCAAGAUCUGAGUGAGGAAUAGUAUCUCUCUCAAUUCUCAUAACAUUUACGUAGCCCAUGAGAUAGCCCUUUCCCUAUUGCACGCCAUGGCGAGAUCACUGUCCAAUUUUCUUUUGCCUCUAACGUUCCUGCUUGGUACCUUCUGCAAUGCCGCGACAGUAACGUACGAUUUCAACAUCACCUGGACCAAAGCGAAUCCUGAUGGCGCUUUUGAGCGCGCAGUGAUUGGCAUCAACGAACAGUGGCCAAUUCCCCAGAUCAGAUGCAAUGUCGGCGACAGAGUUAUAGUGAACGCUCAUAACGGACUUGGUAAUGUAACCACGAGCUUGCACUUUCACGGGCUAUUCCAGAAUGGAACCACGAGUAUGGAUGGUCCCGCCGGUAUCAAUCAAUGCCCGAUCCCACCUGGCUCUACAUUCACAUACAACUUCACGAUCGAUCAGCCGGGAACCUACUGGUAUCACUCGCAUGUUGGUGGCCAAUAUCCGGACGGCCUCCGUGGACCGCUCAUAGUUGAGGAUCCAAACUCGCCAUACAAGGAUCAGUACGACGAGGAAGUAGUACUAACUUUCUCGGAUUGGUAUCAUCAAUUGCCGUCGGACCUUAUCAAAUCUUUUAUAAGCUAUAAGAAUCCUACUGGCGCCGAGCCUGUGCCAGAUGCGGCCUUGAUGAACGACACGCAGAAUGUGACGGUCAAAAUUGAACCAGGAAAGACAUACUUGUUUCGAAUGGUGAAUAUGGCAGCCUUCGCUGCGCAGUAUGUGUGGUUCGAAGGGCACACAAUGCGGAUUGUCGAGGUAGAUGGUGUUUACACCGAACCUGCAGACGCAAACAUGAUUUACAUCACCGCAGCUCAGCGAUACAGUGUUCUCAUUACCGCAAAAAACGACACAGACUCCAAUUUUGCCAUUCAAGGAAGCAUGGACCAGGAUCUCUUUGAUAAGAUUCCUGCAACUCUAAACCCGAAUGUCACAGGCUGGCUUGUGUAUGAUGACAAGAAGGAUCUCCCCGCAGCUGCUUUUGUGGACGCUUUCGAGCCUUUCGAUGACUACACACUUGUACCAACUGACGGCAUGAAGCUGCUACCGGAUGCAGACCAUACGAUCGAGCUCGAGCUCACCAUGGAGAACUUAGGCGACGGUGCAAACUACGCAGCGUUCAAUGGCAUCUCGUACACACUCCCCAAGGUUCCGACUCUAUACACUGUAAUGACAGCGGGUAAUUUCGCGGACAAUUCCACCGUAUAUGGGACAGACACAAACCCAUUCGUGCUCGAAAAGGGUCAGAUCGUUGACAUAAUAGUAAACAACAACGACCCAGGGAAGCAUCCAUUCCACCUCCACGGCCAUAAUUUCCAGCUCAUUGCUCGUUCAGCUGAAGAGGGGGGCUUCUAUGCCAAUAAUGUCACUUUCCCACAGGUACCAAUGAGGAGAGAUACCGUAUUGGUUCGACCGAACGGCAACAUUGUCCUUCGCUUCGUCUCAGACAACCCUGGCGUCUGGCUGUUCCAUUGUCACAUCGAAUGGCACAUGAUCGCCGGUCUUGCGAUGACCUUGAUCGAAAACCCCUUGGAUCUUCAAAAGUCCCUCCAGAUUCCACAGAAUCAUUACGAUGUCUGUGCUGCGAGCAACUACCCAGUUCAAGGAAAUGCCGCAGGCAACACAAAGGACUUGCUCGAUCUGACAGGCCAGACUCACAGCGUUGGGCCACUUCCUGCGGGCUUCACGGCACGCGGUAUCGUUGCUCUCGUUUUCAGUUGCGUUGCUGCCUUCGUCGGUAUGGCUGUGAUCUCUUGGUAUGGUAUCCAACCUGUCGGAACUUCUACUCAGCGAGCAGUUGAGCAUCAAGUUGCUGAGGCAGACUUGGCGGAUGAAAGCAUCGCUGUUGCUGCAUCUUCGAAGACGGCGGGGUAAUCGCCCUGCUCUUCGACCAACCUUCCUGUUUCCCAAAACGUGCGGGAACAAAGUGUGUGUGAACUUAAAUGUACUCUCAGGUCAACACUGUAGCUACGUAGAUUUUAUGAUUACCCAGGGCUUUCACUCUCCGCUACGCCUACCUGCCGAAUACCGUGAAGUACCACGUUUGAUCCUGUAAAGAGUAAGAUUUCCAUGCUAAGCUUUAGCCAAGCGCAAUCUCCAUGCUGCAAGUUCCACUCAUUUGCUUAGGUCUCACGGUCCUGUGGGAAUUUACAAGGGGGUUGCGCAUCUCAAGCCAGCAUUACUACCGUGGGGUUCGAGAGGAAAAGGAAG